AAAGAUUAUAGAACGUGCUCCUGACAUAUGGAAACUCUGUCGCGAAGUCUCGCGAUAAGUCGACGUCGAGGGGCGUGUCAAAUUCCAAGCGAGCAAGAGGAGAGGAGAGGGGGAGUCAGAGAGAGGGGCGCAAGGGAUUUACCAGUUGACAAAUCAAGAAAGAAGCAAUGUUCUUCUCUUCUGCUCUCCCACAGUUACAUUGCAAGUUUUUUGCAAAAAUGGGGGACGACCGACCUUUUGUGUGCAAUGCUCCAGGCUGUGGCCAGAGGUUUACCAAUGAGGACCACUUGGCCGUACACAAACACAAGCACGAGAUGACACUGAAAUUUGGACCACCCAGGACCGACUCUGUCAUUAUUGCAGACCAGACACCUACUCCCACCCGCUUCCUAAAGAACUGUGACGAGGUUGGUCUGUUCAAUGAGCUGGCCAGCUCCUUCGAACAAGAUGAGGAUGAAAAGAGGGCCAAGAACUCUUUACUGGCUCUAUCCCUCACUCACUGUCCCGCUGCUUCUCAGCUCCCGGCUUCCAACUGUGUAGCUUUGGACAUGAGUCUACAGACGCCAUCAGACGUGAAGGUGAAAGAAGAGUCACCUGUGGAGGUCGACUCCUCAUCACCAGGAAGCCCUGAAUCUAUUUCUGAGUCCGACAGCAAUCGAGAGCCUCUGGUUAAAGGGAAGGACACGCCGCCCAGGAGUUCAGCGCCCACCCCGACCAUUGUGCGUCCAGGCUCCCUCCCACUACACUUGGGCUUUGAUGCUCUUCAGCCCACCAUGCCAUCACCCACCUCUGUGAUCACACAGGCACCACCCUCCAACCGCACACUGGGUUCACCAACAAGCCACUACCCUAUGAUGAUGCUUCCGUCUGGUCAGGCAGUGCCGGUGCUUCCUGGUCCUGCACACAUACCUUCUGUCAUUAAUCUGGCCCGGCCCAUGUGCAUGGUACCCAACAUUCCUGGGAUCCCUGGUCCUCCUCUGGGAGGCAGCAGCAGCGGCUCUAACUCCCCCUCUGGCUACAGCAUCCACUCAGAGGCCAAGAUGCGUUUGAAGGCUGCACUGUCUCAGCAGAGCCCAUCAGGACAGAGCAUGGGGAUCAUGGCCAUGGGCAGCAGUCCCAUGGUACCUCAGAAGGCAGAACAGAGCCAGUUACUUGUCCAGCACCCUGAUGCUCCAUCACCUGCCCAGCCUCAGGUAUCUCCAGCUCAGCCCACAGGUGGGCGGCGGCGGCGGACAGUGGACGAUGACCCAGAUGAGCGAAGACAGCGCUUCCUCGAAAGAAAUCGGGCCGCCGCGUCUCGCUGCAGACAGAAGCGCAAACUGUGGGUCAGUUCUCUAGAGAAGAAGGCUGAGGAGCUCAGCAACCUGAACGUCUCCCUGUCGAAUGAAGUGUCUUUGUUGCGGAACGAGGUGGCUCAUCUGAAGCAGCUGCUGCUAGCUCACAAGGACUGCCCUGUUACAACCCUACAGAAGAAGACUGCCUACCUAGCUGCAGAGGAGAGCAUGAAAGACACAUCAGAGCCCACAGGUUCCCCUGCCCCCGUGAUUCAGCACAGCUCGUUGGCGCCCAGCCCCUCUGCAGGGCACAACGGCCUGAGCUCAAGGGCAGCGGCUGAGGCCAUGGCCAUGUCUGUACUGGCAGGAAUGGGCCAGCAGCGGGCUGAGAGUGGACCCUCUCACAUUAUCAUGGCUACACAGUCUCGGUCUGCUGCCAGAUGAUGAGGGAUGUCACCACGGCCCAGACCUGGCUCAUCACCCAGGGGCUACAAAAGAGCAGGGGACCCCCAACCCAACCCCAACUCCUUCUGCUUCCAUUUGCCCUCAUGUGGAGCCAUCACGCUGUGGCCUGGAGCUCAGCAGCAGCCUUCUGGGAAUGGACUGAGACUUUUUAGAGAGCUUCCUGUGCAUUUUGCCAUAGACUACAGGGGCUGGACUCCACCCCCCACCCCCACCUCCUUUCUCUCUGUGCCUCCCUGUUCAUCUGUUCUACCCUCAGUCAAAUUGAGUCUUCACUGGACUGCAUCGCUCCAAGUGUACUGCCACAAUGAACUUCUGAUAUAGAGGCAUACAAUAUUUAUGCGGUGAGACGGUGUUGCAAAAACAUUCUUGAUCAAAUCAGAUACCAAACAAGACAUGGGGCUUUACACUGUUAUCAGCAGGGAAUUGUGCCUUGUGCUUCUCUACUUUUUAGCCAUGCACACACUCACAUGCGAACGCCGCUUCCCUAAACAGCCUCAGCUCCCAAGAUGCAGUAGUCGUCUAGACUUCAAUGAUGGCGAUCUCAAAUGCUCACCAAUACAUUUUCUAAAACGGUUCCAGACAUCAGGGGGAACCAGAACUAAAGACGUACCUAAUUUCCCCCUUUUAAAAUUUAGGCAUAAAAACAUGUUAGCAUGUGACUUGUUCUAAUAGAGUGUUAUCAUCUUUUUACAGUUUGUGCAGCUAUAUAUAUAUAUUUCUUUUCAUUUUAAUUGGCACAUCCUCCCAGAUUAGUCCACAGACUGAAUAUGCAUUGGUUUAUCUUGUACAGUAAAAUUAUUUCUUUAUUACAGGAAGGGAAUUUAACCUCUACCUUUUCCUUCAGAUUUCUACAGGCAGGAAGAGAAUAAGGCGGUUUACUGUUUGUUUGUUUGUCUGUGUGUCUGUCUGUUGAUGCCUUUUCACCGUUGUCUGAAACAACUCAAGUGACUGUGUUUCUCCUUUUAGGCCAGGGCUUACUGUAACUGUUAUUUUCACACUUCUCAGGAUGGUUAUGCAUCCUUGCUGCUCAUUGGAAGUGUGAGGAACUUCUUAGUCUCUCUACUACUUUACCAAACAUAAAUGAAGCCAUAAUGCCAACAGAUUAGACAACCGGAUCUCCAAAGAGCACCUGGUACUACGUCAGGAGCAGGCACAAAAUAGCCACACUGUUAUUUUAUUUUUAUUCACUUCACAGUGACACAAUCCGAUUUUUAUCACUGCUUGUUACUUGCACUUAAACACAGUCUCACACACACAGUGCUUGAUAGUUUUGCCUUAUGAUCACACUGGUGCCUCCCACUUAAAUACUAGUAGGUUUGCUUAUAUUGAAUACAGUUACACCUUCGAAAAAUAUCUGUCCCAAUUUGUCCAUUUCACUAAUUUUCGACAAACCAACGAGUUACAAAAGUAACACAUGGAAUGCUCCUGGAAAUGAAGUGUCUGACCACUGGUCUAUUUGCGGUAACAUUAAAGGAUAUAACACUUGUCUGUCAUCUGGUGGAGAGACGCAGCUAAGACAGCUUCUCUGGUAAAAGGUUUUGAAGGACAAAUAGUUCACGUAUCCUGUUGGUGUUUCUGAUCAAGAUAUCAUUAUAAUAUCCCAUAAACAUCUAAACACACCUGGAAUGCUUUAUUGAUUUUUUUUUGUAGAUUCUUAUUUGAUUUGAUCAUAUAUUCACGUGAUGUGAUAUAAGAUGUUGGUCCAUUAACAUAAGGGCAUGUCUUUAUGCACUAAAAUAAUGCAAGUGUAUUGUUGCUUUGCAUUUCUUUUACUCUGUUCAAGUUGUUGUGGUUCUCUCUGUGUUUUUCUUUGGAUCCUUUUCUAAAAAUGAUAUUUUCUCCUAUAUUUACUGUAUACAUGGAUAGACAUUUGCUCAGCAACUUUAAUACCUUUCACCCAUGACUGAACCUGUUGUCCCUGGUAUUCUGUUGUACUUUGGAGCUGGCACUAUAUUUGGCUGGCAGUCCCCUUAUAGACGAUUGUUCGUAUGAAAUGAAAAUUCAAGCGAUAUUUAGCGUUCAUCUUUUCAUGUAAUUCAUGUCAUUGGCACCUUUUCUGUAUCUUGUUUUCUUAUGGGCUAUUUUCAGCACUACAGAUGAUGUAUUGUGCUGGAAAUGCAAAAGUGUAUUACUUACGAUUGUACCAAUGAAUAUAGAAAUUAAUUUCUUGAAUACAUGAAUUUGUUUCUUUUAUAGAAAAUGUCAGUCCUUUUUCAAAAAGAGGUUUUUAUUCCCUUUAUUAUAUUUUUUAAGAUGAAUUUGGUGUUCUUUGACGUCCCUGUCUAACUUAUUUUUUUAAUUGGUCAAAUAACAAUUAUCUUUACAGUCUUUGGCGUAUUGAUAUUACCUAGAAUUUAUAGAUAGUUAUGAAUAGAGAAAGAAAAUGAAACCUGCAACAUUAUGACACUUAGUGUACUAAUGUUUUUCCACACUCCCAUUGUUGGACUGAUAAUUUCAAAUUGUACUUGUACUGUACAUAUCUGUACUAUAUGAAUAUAUUUACUUUUCCAUGCAUGUCCAAGUGAAGUACUAUGAACACUUACAGUGCUGCAGAUUUAAUUAAAGAAACUACAUCUAAUAAGGA